AUGUCGAUCUCUUCUCUUCGAGGCCUUCUUUCCAGUUACUCUCCCGUUUCAGAGGGAUUCAGUCAACCUGAUCUGGAAAAAGAGGUUCACGUUUCCCUUCGAAAUGGCGACGACAGCGAGUCUUCCUCAUCCCGGUCUGUCUGCCGGGAAAAAGCGGAGAAGAAGGAGUCCAAGAUUGUUGACGGACGUAUCGUCUCCGACGCUAUCAUCGGUCUCUCCGACGGCAUGACGGUUCCUUUUGCUCUAACCGCGGGAUUAUCUGCUUUGGGAGACACCAAGGUCGUGGUUUUUGGCGGCAUGGCCGAACUCAUUGCAGGAGCCAUCUCCAUGGGAUUGGGAGGCUAUUUGGGUGCAAAGAGCGAAGAGGAGUCCUACCGCGCAACCCUGAAAGAGACGAAGCAAGAGAUCCUGACUGACCCCGCUUCGGUGACCGAGACGAUCUCCGAUGUCUUUGCGCCCUAUGAUCUCCCCGCAGAACUUGUGGGAGAGCUCACGCGACACCUCUCCUCAUCCCCUAACCUCCCCUCCUUUCUCAUGAACUUCCAUCACACCGUCCAGGAACCCUCUGGCUCUCGUGCCUUUAUCUGCGCCCUGACCAUUGCACUGGGAUACUUCAUCGGUGGCUUCGUGCCACUCCUGCCUUAUUUCUUCGUUGGGCCUCAUGAUGUACUCUCUGCUCUGCGCUGGUCAAUCGCCACGAUGGCUGUUGCUCUGUUCUUGUUCGGAUACGGCAAGACGUGCUUCGUGAGCGGAUGGAAGGGAUAUCGGAACAUCAGACGCGGCGUCAUUGGCGGCUUGCAGAUGGUUCUAGUCGGAGGUGUUGCAGCAGGUUCUGCAAUGGGACUGGUGAAGGGAUUCCAGAUGCUGGCAGACUCUCAUGGUCAUGAGCAUUAG